CGGCGCCUGCGCGGAGCGGGCGGAGCGGGCGGGCGGCGAUGGCGGCGCGGCCCCGCGCAGGUUGCAGUUUCAGGAGAUAGACCCCGGGAGAUCCUGCCUUCCACCAUGGCUCAGUUUGGAGGACAGAAGAAUCCCCCCUGGGCUACUCAGUUUACUGCCACCGCGGUGUCUCAGCCAGCUGCCCUGGGAGUGCAGCAGCCCUCACUGUUGGGAGCCUCUCCAACCAUCUACACCCAGCAGACGGCGCUGGCAGCGGCAGGUCUGACCACACAGACCCCCACCAACUACCAGCUCACCCAAACAGCUGCUCUCCAGCAACAGGCUGCGGCUGCAGCAGCUGCCCUGCAGCAGCAAUAUUCACAACCUCAGCAGACUCUCUAUAGUGUACAGCAACAGUUGCAGCAACCUCAGCAGACCCUUUUAACUCAGCCAGCGGUCGCGCUCCCGACCAGCCUGAGCCUGUCGACGCCGCAGCCCGCGGCCCAGAUCACUGUGUCCUACCCAGCUCCCCGCUCCAGCCAGCAGCAGACACAGCCACAGAAGCAGCGUGUCUUCACUGGGGUGGUCACUAAACUGCAUGAUACUUUUGGCUUUGUGGAUGAAGAUGUCUUUUUCCAGCUUAGUGCUGUUAAGGGAAAGACACCUCAGGUGGGUGACAGAGUUUUGGUAGAAGCUACUUACAAUCCUAACAUGCCAUUCAAAUGGAAUGCACAAAGGGUACAGACACUUCCAAAUCAGAACCAGACCCAAGCCCAGCCGCUGCUGAAGACGCCCCCGGCCGUCCUUCAGCCCAUUGCACAGCAGACAUUUGGGGUCCAGGCUCAGCCACAGCCACAGUCCCUGCUGCAGGCACAGAUAUCAGCAGCUUCCAUCACACCUCUGCUGCAGACACAGCCUCAGCCACUGCUGCAGCAGCCACAGCAGAAAGGUGGUUUGUUACAGCCCCCAGUUCGUCUGGUUUCACAGCCUCAACCAGCUCGAAGACUUGACCCCCCAUCCCGAUUUUCUGGGAGGAAUGACCGAGGUGGAGACCCAAUGCCAAACCGGAAAGACGACAGGAGUCGUGAGAGAGAGCGAGAGCGCCGCAGGUCCCGGGAGAGAUCCCCCCAGAGGAAGCGCUCCAGGGAGAGGUCGCCCCGGCGGGAGAGGGAGAGGUCCCCUCGGAGACCCCGGCGUGUCGUCCCUCGCUACACGGUCCAGUUCUCCAAGUUCUCCUUGGACUGCCGGAGCUGUGAUAUGAUGGAGCUGAGGAGGCGCUACCAGAACUUGUACAUCCCAAGUGAUUUCUUUGAUGCUCAGUUCACAUGGGUGGAUGCUUUUCCUAUGUCUAGACCAUUUCAGCUGGGAAACUACUGUAAUUUCUACGUAAUGCACCGAGAAGUGGAUCCUAUAGAUAAGAACACGGCUGUCCUUGAUCCACCCGACGCUGAUCACCUGUACAGUGCCAAGGUGAUGCUGAUGGCCAGUCCCAGCAUGGAGGAUCUCUAUCACAAGUCCUGUGCUCUGGCUGAAGAUCCUCAAGAACUUCGGGAUGGAUUUCAGCAUCCUGCUAGACUUGUAAAGUUUUUAGUGGGUAUGAAAGGCAAAGAUGAAGCUAUGGCUAUUGGAGGACACUGGUCCCCAUCACUGGAUGGACCUGACCCAGAAAAGGACCCCUCGGUGCUGAUAAAGACGGCUAUUCGUUGUUGCAAGGCUCUGACAGGGAUUGACUUAAGUGUGUGCACGCAAUGGUACCGUUUUGCAGAGAUUCGCUACCAUCGCCCUGAGGAGACCCACAAGGGGCGUACGGUUCCAGCUCAUGUGGAGACAGUGGUUUUAUUUUUCCCGGAUGUUUGGCAUUGCCUUCCCACCCGCUCAGAGUGGGAAACCCUCUCCCGAGGAUACAAGCAGCAGCUGGUCGAGAAGCUUCAGGGUGAACGCAAGGAGGCUGAUGGAGAACAGGAUGAAGAGGAAAAGGAUGAUGGGGAAGCUAAGGAGAUCUCUACGCCUACGCACUGGUCUAAACUGGAUCCAAAAACAAUGAAGGUAAAUGACCUUCGCAAGGAGUUAGAGAGUCGAACCCUGAGCUCUAAAGGACUGAAAUCUCAGCUCAUCGCUCGACUGACAAAGCAGCUCAAAGUAGAGGAACAAAAAGAAGAGCAAAAGGAGCUGGAGAAGUCUGAGAAAGAAGAGGAAGAGGAGGAGGAUAGGAAAUCUGAAGAUGACAAAGAGGAAGAGGAGAGGAAACGCCAGGAAGAGCUGGAACGUCAGCGGCGGGAGAGACGCUACAUCCUGCCCGACGAGCCGGCCAUCAUCGUGCACCCCAACUGGGCAGCCAAGAGUGGCAAGUUCGACUGCAGCAUCAUGUCCCUCAGUGUCCUCCUGGACUACAGAUUAGAGGAUAAUAAAGAACACUCCUUUGAGGUGUCAUUGUUUGCAGAACUCUUCAAUGAAAUGCUUCAGAGAGAUUUUGGUGUCAGAAUUUACAAAGCACUGAUUUCUCUCCCAGAGAGAGAGGACAAAAAAGACAAAAAAAGCAAAAAAGAUGAGAGAAAAGAAAAAAAAGAAGAAAAAGAUGAUGAAACAGAUGAGCCAAAGCCUAAGAGAAGAAAAUCUGGAGAUGAUAAAGAUAAAAAAGAAGAGAGAGAUGAAAAGAAGAGGGAAGAUAAAAGGAAAGAUGAUUCUAAAGAUGAAGAAGAAACUGAAGAUGACAAUAAUCAAGAAGAAUAUGAUCCGAUGGAGGCAGAGGAUGCUGAAGACGAAGAUGAAGAAUGCAGACCACUCGCAACUCCCAUUGAAGUCAGUAGGAGAUACCGGGAUGAAGAGGAACUGAACAAACGGGAGGACAGAAGAGAGGGCAAUAGACACUGUAAAGAGAGGGCGUCUAAAGAUAAAGAGAAAGACAAGACCCAGAUGGUGACAGUUAACAGGGAUCUCCUGAUGGCUUUUGUUUACUUUGACCAAAGUCACUGUGGAUACCUGCUGGAGAAGGACAUGGAGGAGAUCCUGUACACCCUUGGACUGCACCUGUCCCGCGCUCAGGUCAAGAAGCUGCUUAAUAAAGUAGUGCUUCGGGAAUCUUGCUUUUACAGAAGACUGACAGAUACUUCUAAAGAUGAAGAAAACCAAGAACAGUCUGAAGAGCUACAGGAAGAUAUGUUAGGGAACCGAUUGCUGCUGCCGUCCCCUGCCGUGAAGCAGGAGGCAAAGGCCGUGGAGGAGAACGUGGGGCUCAUCGUGUACAACGGGGCCAUGGUGGACGUGGGGAGCCUCCUGCAGAAGCUGGAGAAGAGCGAGAGGGUGCGGGCAGAGAUCGAGCAGAAGCUGCAGCUGCUGGAGGAGAAAACAGAUGAGGAUGAAAAAACUAUACUACAGCUGGAGAACUCUAACAAAAGUCUGUCUGGAGAGCUCAAAGAAGUAAAAAAGGACCUUGGCCAACUGCAAGAAAAUUUGAAGAUCUCAGAUGAUAAAAAAUUGCAAUUUGAGGGUCAGCUGAAUAAGACAAUCAAAAAUUUAGCUACUGUUAUGGAUGAAAUACAGAGUGUUCUUAAACAGGAUAUGGUGAAGAACGAAGAUAAAGAUCAGAAAUCCAAAGAAAAUGGAGCAAACGUAUGAUAAACUGCUGCUUUUGAGAAGAAUGGUGUUACAUAAUGUAAUAUAAAUCAUGAUACCAGAAUGUAUGGGAAGUGAUGCAUGUUUGAUUUUAGUAGUAUAAAUAUCCUAGUUCCAAAAGAUGUAUAAAGUUUUAUGAAUGUGAGUGUCUGCUCCUGAAGAUUGCUUGUAAUUCUUAGCAUUCAAUUUGAGACACUCCUCGAGUGAAAAUAAUUUUGCAUUGCAAAAAGUUUUAGGAUGAACUUUGUUAUAGUUUUAACCCUAAUAAAGUUCAUCAACGUUAAUGAACAGUAGCAAGUAUUUAAUUACCAAAUGUUUUUCAUUGAAGCCUAGUGAAAUCAAAAUUUUCAUUAUUUAUAGACUUGCCAUUUUUAGGGUUUUGUCUUUAUUUCGGUCUAAUUAGUCUUUUUAAAUUCAAAUAUAAAUCACAAAAUAGCAUGCUGCUUAAUUUUGCAAGUAAAGAUUUUUUUUUUAAAACAAAAGCUUCUUGGAUUUUUUUUUGUUUUCACUUGUCAUGACUUUUUUUUUCCCUUCCAAAUAUAACUUUCUUCCCCAAAGCUGCUUGUAUUAAAGCCUCAUAAUAUACAGUAGUUCAAUUGAGUUAAGAAAGCAAUAGAAACCUGCCAAAAUACUGGUAGGAUUGUGAGAUUUAUAUGAAAAUACAUGGGUCUGUUUUAAAUGUACGUCAUUUGUGUUCAUUAAACUGUUCUUUUUGGAUUAAUAGAUAUACUCCUUUUUAAUUACAAAUGCAGUGUAUUAAGAUGUAUGGUUGGGUACCAGGCCAGUAGAUGUCAGAAUAAUGCCUUACGUGGAGAAAAAGCUGCCAGUGGAGACCACCUUGGAUUAAAUUUGGACUUGUUUCUUAAUGUGUGUAAUUGCUGCAAAGGCUCGAGUCCAACCAAAGAAUGGAUGCCCAGCAGCAGUGCUGCAUGUUGUAAUUACAGAGGAGCGGGACACGGCUGGGGGUGGUGGAAAUGGGUGAGAGGGCCUUUCCUUGUGCUCACAGGUCACAAGAGACUGACACUUAAAACUUCCUGUGACAUCGUUGUCAAAGGCAGCCUACUCACCGAAUGUCAAACAGGAGCAGUUGUGUUUUGGUGCAACUUCCAGGAAAAUUAACGGGUUUGAAGGUUGGAACGGAAGUGUUUUCUUACAGAAAUGGUUAAUUUUAGCAGAUCUUUUCUUUUUUAGCUUAGUUGUCCUAGGUUACUAAAUACCUGUUAGGAGAGUCCAAGUGCCAUAAUAUGUAUGAAUAACCUACAUGGAAACUCAUGUAGCUUUAAUGUGAUACACAUUAAAAUGCCUGAAUUUAUGUUCAAAA